AUGGGCGACAAGGAACAACUUAUAUUGGACGAACGCGUCGAGUCGGCGUCUCCUAAAAAUGUUAAAAAACAGGAGAAAGAUUCCAAAAUUCCCUGGUACAUGGCCAGCGGCUUCCUUCUGAUCUGGCUGCUCCUCUUCUUUGCCGUAGUGAUGCCACUCUUCUACCGCCUGCCCGCGGACCUCACCAUCGAGGAUAUCUCAAAGGGAGGAUUCAUUGCCGAACGCGCACAGGCUAACCUUUACGACUUUGCCAAUAUCGGCACGAAAGUGGUAGGAAGCGAUGGAAAUGAGAACAAGACUGUCAAGUUUCUGUUGAAGGAGUUGGCGCUGAUUGAAGACCAACUCCUGGACGACUACUUCGACAUAGAAAUUGACGUGCAGAUUGCUUCUGGCUCCUACAUCAAGUGGGAAUUGGUCAACAUGUAUCAGGCGGUGCAGAAUAUUGUCGUUAAGCUGACCCCCAAGAACUGCACCAGUGAAAACUACCUCCUGGUCAACAGUCACUUCGAUUCACAGCCGACAAGUCCCUCUGCUGGCGACGCAGGCCACAUGGUUGUCACGAUCCUUGAGGUCCUUCGAGUGAUCGCCACCACGAAGCAAACGUUCGAGCAUCCAAUCAUUUUUCUUAUUAACGGCUCCGAGGAGAACUCUUUGCAGGCCUCGCAUGGCUUCAUCUCCCAGCACAAAUGGGCUCCAUUCUGCAAGGUUGUCAUCAACCUGGAUGCAGCUGGCAGUGGAGGACGCGAGAUUCUUUUCCAGACUGGACCCAAUAACCCCUGGCUCGUAGACUACUACAAGCAGAACGCCAAGCAUCCGUUCUCCACCACCAUGGCUGAGGAAAUCUUUCAAACUGGGCUCAUCCCAUCGGACACCGAUUUCGGAAUUUUCCGCACAUAUGGAAACCUUAUUGGAUUGGACAUAGGACAGUGCUUCAAUGGUUACGUCUAUCACACCCGGUACGAUCGCGUCGACGUUAUCCCCAGGGCUUCUCUUCAGAAUACAGGCGACAAUGUUCUCGCCCUUGUGCGAGCUUUUUCCAAUGCCACAGAGCUCCACGAUACCACGGCAAACCCUUCAGGGAACACAAUCUUCUUCGACGUCCUGGGACUGUACUUCAUCAGCUACUCGGAGAGCAAUGGCAUCAUCUUCAACUAUGCCGUGGCUGGAACUACCAUUGUUCUGAUCUUUGUGUCCUUAUUGCGCACCGCAAGCUCGUCCAAUGUCUCCGCCGGACACGUCGUCGGCUGGUUCAUUCUGAUUAUCGUACUCCAGGUCAUUGCUUUACUGCUUGGCCUGGGUCUGCCCGUUGUGGUCGCGUAUUUGUUCGACAUGUACGGCCUCUCCCUCACCUACUACAGCACUCCAGCGCUCCUGAUCGGCCUUUAUGUGUGCCCGACUCUCAUCGGUUUCAGUUUACCCUCUUUCGUCUUCUUGAAGCUGCAACGGGAUGAAAAGAUUUCCUUUGCGAAGCAACUGCAGCUGGUGUUGCAUGGACACGCCACUAUCCUGGCCAUCCUCGGCAUUGGACUCACGCUCUAUGGACUGCGUACCACCUACGUCGUCACGUGGACCCUUCUCUUCUACGUGAUUCCCUUGGCCAUCAACCUUCUCACGACUCUGCACGAUCGCGGCUUUGCCUGGACGGCCGUCCUUAAAGUCGUCCAAGUCAUCCCGUUCCUGUACAACAGCUAUCUCUUCUACACAUUCAUUGUGGUGCUAACCCCCAUGAUGGGUCGCUUUGGCCUAUCUACCAAUCCAGACUUGAUUGUUUCUGCCUUGACUGCAUUGGGAACUAUUUUCUCCUUGGGCUUUUUGGUCCUGCUUGUGCAUAUGUCACGGCGCUCCAGUCUUAUUUUCCUCGGCUUGCUGGCUGUGACUGCCUUAACUGUAUACAUUGCAUCUUCCACCCAAAUCGGAUUCCCCUACCGUCCCAAGACCAAUGUGCAGCGAGUCCCAUAUUUGCAAGUGCGCCGAGUGUUCUACGAGUACGAUGGAACAGUCAGCAAGGACGAGUCCGGAUAUCUAUUCAAUUUCCAGGAUCGUCGUGGGGCUGCUCCCCUGAAGGGAACCAAGGUAAACCUUACUGGCUUGGUCAGCAUGGCAUCGGACUGUGAGAAGCACAUGCUGUGUGGCGUGCCUCUGUACGAUCACCGCUGGGUGGAAAGUCGCGAAAAUGGGAUGUGGCUGCCGCGGGAGCAGCCCGUCGAGACACCGUCGGUGCCGGUUUUGGAGAUGCUAAGCAAAACGGUGCUGCCCAAUAACAAAACCGUACGGUUCGAGUUUAAUUUGACGUGUCCGGAUCACACGAGUCUGUUCAUUCAGCCGUACGAAGACGUGACCGUUAGCAACUGGUCGUUCCUGCUCAGCUAUACGGUACAGUACACCCCUCCGUACCAUAUAUACUUCUCAUAUGGAAUAGAUAAUGCACCAUUGAACUUCUUCAUGGAGCUUACGAAAUCCGAUGGGGAUUUCGAUGUACCUCUGUUCCAGCUGGGAAUAUCGGCUCAGUAUAUGCAUACCGAAGGCGAUGAUCUGAGUAGGAAAUUCGCUGCAUCAUUCCCUUCAUAUGCGGCGAUUGUUCAGUGGCCAGCUAUAUAUCAGAGAUAUAUAUAUUAA